UACGUUGUAUUUAUCCGGCAUCGAAAAAAACCACAAACCAUAUUGUUGAUAAAAAUUUAUAGUUUAAAUAAUCAAAAUUAGUACAAAAAUGAUUACAACAAUGUUAAUCCAAAAAGUACAAACAAUUUAUCAUUUUGUUUAAAUUUUGUUGCAAAAAUUGUGUAAAAUAUGGAAGAUUUGUUAUUAAACAUUGUAAAAGAGGCAAGUGGCCAAAAGUUAGCACAUUUAAGGAAAACCGCCCAAGAUGCUCAUGAUUUACUUAUUUCCCAAACAAAUAUUCAUCGAACACCGUCACAUGAGCUUCGAACAACUUGUUUCUUACCCCUACGAUUAGCUUUAGAGAGCAAGCGAAAUAAAUUAGUUUCAUACGCCCUAACUGGAUUGCACAAAAUUGUUCGAGAUGAAAGGUUUCAAGCUGGAACAGAACCUGAAGACGAUUCUUUAUGGUUACCUGCUCAAUUAUUGUAUGCAACUGCGUCAAUGCUGACACAUUCGGAAGAUACUCAAGUCCACAUCUUAAGAGUUUUAUUAAGUUUAGCUUGUGGAACAUGUUGGGCCUUAAAUGGUCGGUUAGUCAUGUUAAUCCUAGGUCGAUGUGGUGAAGCAUGUGAAAUUGGCACCCAACCAGUUCGUGCUGCAGCUCAAGCAGCUGCUAGCCAAACUGUACGUGCAUUCACUACCUUCUUGGACGAAGAGUGUCAGGAUAUUUUACAACAGCAACAAAAACAACAAAAAGGCACUGUUGGAGGCCCCACUGAUGGUUUGUUACAAACUUCCGCGGUGACAUGUUUUAAUGAAGCUAUACCAGUGAUGCAAUAUAUUUGCAGUCGUUUAGAAGAAUCAAAAGUGUGCCAAAAAUCUAAUGAAACUACAGUAUUCCUUUUAGAAUGUUUACUGACAUUAGUGUCAACACUUCCACAAAUUGUACAUAAAAAUACACAUUUUACGACAUUUUUAUGGCAACGAUUUUGCCCGGCAUUAAUUGCCUUACUUGGUGCUCCAAGUGAACCCGCGGCACAUUGUUUAACAUCACAACAAGCAAAAACCGUUUACAGGUACAAAUUAAUAGCCAAAAUAAAUAAGUUGUUCUUAACAUGAAAUUUUUGGAUUUUUAGUAUUGGAAUACAAUUAGUACGACUGGUUGGAUGUGUAGGAUCAUUACGUCCAGUGUUGGAAGCAUUAUUCCAUCGUAUGGUCUUAUUACCAGCUGCACCAAAAAGAUUAGAGCCUCUAAGGUCAUUACGAGAGUUAUUAAGGUCCCCAGAACGAUUAGUGGACUUGCUAUUGUUACCGGAAUGUAAAGACAAGCCAAGCAAUAGUGACGAUAUGGCGAUAAUUCGAUUAAUUAUGGAUUCAAUUGAAGAAUCAGCCAUUUGUAACGACAUUUCUGUAAUGUUAGCAAGCGUCGAAUGUGUAGUAGCCAUGCUAACGUCACUAGAAGCACUGUGUAAAGGUGAAGGCAUUAACGCCGAGGCUGCUGUUUUAGUAAACCAACGAUAUCCAUUCCUGGAACAAGUUGAUUAUAAAGGACCAUUAACGUAUCAAUCACUUGCACGAUUACCAAAACCUUAUAGAGAUGUUGUGGCUAAUUUAAAAUAUUCAAGUGACAGUGAUAGUAGUGGAAUUGAUGGUGGUCCAGGAGACCCUAUCGAUGAAGAUGGAUUGGAUUCAGAUGAUUCAGGAGCGACAGAGGGUCCUGAAGAUGAUGCAGAGAAUGAAUCUGACGACAGUAUUAUGGAUGAUGAAUCUUUUUUGACCAAUCAUGAAUUAACAAUACAAAAACUACCAAAAUCAUUGAAUUUCGGUCGAACAGGAAUUAAUGAAUGUAAUGUGGAUGUGGAACGGCAUAAUGCGAAACAUUUCGUAAAAACUUUGCAAAAUAUUCUUCUUCCAAAUUUAUUAUCUCUAAGAUCAUCCAUUCAGGUCGAUGAAGUUUUACAAGAAUUUGCAUCAAAAUGUUGCGAACAUAAUUCAGCUCAAAAUAAUUUAUUUUCUACAAUUAUGAAUGCAGAUGGAAUUUAUUUGGCUACAUAUUCUGCACUUUUAUUGAAUUAUAAAUUAAUCCAACUUGGAUAUUAUAAUAAUGAAAACAAAGCUUCCAUUCAAAUACCUUUAACUGAAGAUCAAUUUGUGGAUGAAGUUCAUGGCAGUGGAGUUUUAGUUUAUCUUUCUGCUACUUGGUUAUCGGAGCUAUAUCAGCAUGUUUUGGCCACAUCUUUGCUUGAAGAAAGUGGAUAUGACUCAAACAGUGGCCAACAAUAUGCUUUAAUUAAUUUAUUAACAGAUGUGGGAGGUUUAAAUCAGUACAAAUUAUUAACAGAUUGGCAAAAAUUGGAACGGGUACAAGGUUCAGCUAAUUUUGAACCAACUCCAGAAUCGGAAGCUGGCAUUAAAUUGUCACGCCGUGUAUUGACUUGCUGCUGGGACUCCAUGGUUACCGUUUUAAGUGAUGCUUUAGCAUACACUCCCGCAAGUACACUUGGAUCGUUAGGCGGGAAAGCAUCUAAGCUUGAACUAUUAAUACCGCGACGUGCUAGGAGAAUGCAAGGGAAGAAAAAAAUACGUGAUAAUUUAAUUGCAUCCAGUUUAGAUGGAUUACACAAAGCGGCAUCAUUGAGUAACAUUUUAAAGUUACAAUCGCGCAGUAAUAGUAUUUUAGCAUUGCUAAGUUCAUCGGCAUGCCAAUCAUCGGCAAAUAAGUUACACGCCGCGCAUGCCCUAUCUUUAGAUGUUUUGUUAUCAAAAGGUUUAGCGUUAGGGUCGCAUAGUACAGAUUGUUGGCCGCAUGUUUUUGCCGCAUGUAUUCAUGUGGCACGGUUAGAGCAUGCACUAUUUAGUAAAGCUGGUAACGCUCAAAUGUUAAUGGUUGCUCAAAAUGCUAAUACAGUUGUAACAUCAACCACAAAUGAACGGCUGAAUUUAAGCUUUAAUAUUUCCUCAAGUCAAGACGAAGAAACUUGCGUGGAUGUUUAUAGUUUCUUGCAAUCACCAACUUAUUCAUAUAAUAAUCAAAAAUCGUUCGAUUUUAUGGAAACUACAGUUUCAAUGAUUGUCAAUAAAAGUGGAGCUCAUAAUACAAGCCAUGGAAUUUUGAGCAAUGUAGACGCAGCAAAAGUGUGUUGUGUGUUAUCGCAACAAGUUGAUUCACUAUUCCAUGAAGCUGCUUUAAAACUUAAUCUUCCUGUUUUAUGUGAAUUUUUGGAUAAACUUUGUAUGGCAUCACAGCGACAGCUAUUUUCUCAUGCGAACGAAACACCUGACAGUAAAUCGAAUAAAUGGUGGCGUCGUCCCAAUUUCCAUAAAACUUCUCCAAGUAUUAACAACAAAAACAGUUCCCAGUUAGAAGCGUCAUUACUUUUACAUCGCAUCGGUGACGUUACGCUAAAAUGCAUUCGUGCUGGUCGUCCUUUAAUACAUACUAUGCAUGUUUGGUCAAUCGUAGGACCACAUUUAAUGGAAGCCGCUUGUCAUAAAGAUCGUGCCGUUUCAAAGAAAGCAAUUACGUGUAUUCAUGACGCAGUUACAGCAAUAUUAAAUGAACAACUCGAAUUACCCCAUUUCCACUUUAAUGAAGCAUUAUUUAAACCUUUUGAAAACUUGCUAUGUUUAGAACUAUGUGAUUUAGAUGUCCAAGAUCAAAUUGUAUCGUGUCUUUGUGAAUUUGUUGAGGCAAAUCAAACAGAAAUACGUUCUGGAUGGCGACCACUAUUUGGUACUUUGCGGGUUGCCAACACAAAUGCACAAAAUAAUGCUGCGGCUAUACUUGAAGUAUUCCAAGUAUUUUUAUCUACUGAUAAUACGCUGGUGUUUGCUAAUGCAGCACUAGACUACAUAUUUUGCCUUUUAACACAUAUCCGCGGAUCAGAUCAACAAACAUCACAAGGAUAUGAGCAAAUAGAAUCGCCCAAAUCUCAAGAUCCACCAUUAAUCGCUUCCUUUACAAAAUCUAGAAAUGUGGAUAACAUUUUCAAUUUCUUACAAAGUGGUGAUAAAAGUACAGGAUUCUUUGAUAUUUUAGAAACAAAAACCAACUCGGAGAAAAUUGUUACAGCUAAACCACCAUCUUUGGAAAAUGUUGACCUAUGUUUAGAAUCGUUGAAGUACUUAGAAAAUUGUGUAUCGAUUUUAACCGCCAUGUACAAUAUGCCUCAAUGCCCCACUUUCAAUAUGGCACAUCGAAUUCAAAUUAAUACCCAACCUCAAUUGGUAGAUUCUGUAAUCCAAGACAUUGAUGUUGUCUACUUUAAUACAAAUCCAAACGAUAUUCGAAUUAACGAUAAUGAAAUAUCCUACAAAAUUCUGGCAACCGUUGAUGAUUUAGAAGAGUGUGUUGAGAAUAAUUUAACUCUGGUUCAUAUGGAUAAGCCCAGUGGGGUACUAAAAAUUUGGUACAUUUUAUUAGAAGGUCUAGCAUCAGCCACAAUAGUUUGCGCUCGUAAAAAUCAACCACAUACUUUAGAAACGUUGUUCAAACUUUUACGUGAUUUAAUCCAUUGUCCAGGAAUCAAUUUCGGAUUGUAUUGUAUAAAUCAUUUAUUACUACCCAUGGUCCAAAAUUGGCUACGCCAAAAUGCAGCACAAAGUCAACGAACAUGGGAUAUAAUUGGUUCAAAUUUUAAACAAUGCUGUGGCAUGGCUAGUGAAUUAGUUGUCGAAUAUUUAUUCCAAAUUCAUACAAAUAAUGAAAAAAAUAAGUCUAUAGGCACAGUAUCGGAGUCUGAAAAUAUUGCUGCAACAUUGGCAUUAAAACAGUUGCUAUUAAUUUUAGUUGAGUGCGUGAUACAACCAAAUGAGACCGUUGCUCGGUUAGGUACUUCAUGUAUUCGUCAUGUUAUCUUAUCGAGUGGUCAUAUUCUUACUACCAAACAAUGGGAAAUUAUGGCAACUGCUUUACACCGUGCUUGCACUAUAAGUCUGAAUCCUCUACAACAACUGACCUUAGCAUUUAAAAAAGACUCAGACAGUUUUUAUGGAGAUUUAGCGGUCGUCAAAGUUGCAGCACGCCGUGACUGCACAAUAAACGAUAAUAUUCGUUUGAACCAAUUAACUCAGCAAGUUUAUUUACUUCCCACUCAACGUGAUGGAUCGCCAAAUUUGUGUGUAAAUUGUUUAAUUCAAAAUAAAACAUAUAAAAGUGAUUGUCCAAAUUGUAAAAAAGAUGAAAAUUCGACAGAACAAAUCCUAUUGGAUGAUCGUAGUUAUAUAUUUUUAUUAUAUCCCUUAGAUAUUCCACAAUCUACAAGUCCAGAAAUGUAUACGGUCCGUGUACCGUUCCGUAACUUAAUUGUAGGUAUUUUGGCACAUCAAAUGUUAGUUCAAACUAUUGCUAGUGUUCUGUUACAAAGUUUAACACACAUUACACCCAUUUCUAUAAUUAUCCAAAUGACAACUAAUCAUAAUUUGCGAGGAAAAUUACAAAAUUUACUACCAAAACAUGUUGAUAUUUUGUUAAAAUGUUUAAAUUUAUCGAAUCAACGUGCAGUAGCAUUUGAUGCUAGACCUGGUCUGAAAUUUUUAACACAAAAAGUAGGAAAUAUAGACAGGGCCGCUAACUUGUAUACACAAUGCAGCACAGCUGAAGUGGUCCAAAUUAUAAUUUAUAUCGAACUAUGUAUUGAUGGUAUUUUGAAACAAAACUUACAGCCAAAUGAGUUGCAAAUAAUUUUAAGCCAAGAAAAUUAUGUAGAUUGUAAUGAAGUUGAUUAUUUUCCUUCCUUUGUUCGUCAAUUGAAAAAUGUCUGGGAAAAUUUAUGUGAUUCGUACAUAAAUCUUUCGUUACAAAUCCCUCCAGAAGAGAUUAUAACGCCUACAACUCCCCCUACGUCACCGACACAAUUAGAAAGUCCAUCCACUUUAGAAUCCAGCAAAUCUACUCCUGAUGCACCAUUUAAAUUUUCUGAUUUCGUUAAUAAUGAUCAUGAGAAGACUGAAGAUAAUAUCGAGGAAUCACAACAAUUAGAUAAUAAUUCCACUGAUGAUGUAAUCGAGAUAAAAGAACGACAUUUGUCUGAAUCCUCGCUAUCAGUUCAUAGUAAUGAUUCAACAAAAGAUAUAGAAAAAGAAACCGAACGACAGGUUGAAAUCAUGAUGGAACAGUAUAGAAAUCGUAAAAGUUAUCAUUCAGCAAUUGUCACACCACCAAGAAUUAAUCCAUUCACUGUGAAUUCUGUGAAUGUUAUGCCUCAGCCUCAACCAGUUCCUCCCGAGAUUCAGCAACAAAGAAGUUUAAGUAUUCGAAAGGAUUACGAAUAUUAUAAACGAACACGUUUCGAAACAAUUUCAGCAUGUUUAGAACUAUUGAAAAAUUUACCAGUAUCAAGACUGCAACUACUUUAUCCAAUUUUGAAAAAUGGUAUUCAAAAUUUACUUUCAGCGCCUUCUGAUAAUGUUAAAAACGAUGCUCGAGAUUUGAUAUCGUCUAUUUUAGACGAAAGGCACGAAGAAUAGAUAAAACAAAUUAACCUUUAUAAAUUACUGGACCAUCAUAAUUAAAAAAUAAUUUUAAGAAUUUCUAGCUUAGAGAUACUAGAAUAAGAGUCUGACCACAAUAUUUUUAUGAUGAGAACUAUGCCAAAAGGCAAAAGAGUCAGAACCAUUGUUAGUCAGAACCAAAGUCUUAUUUUAGUGACUCUACAACUUAGACUUAUUAUUUAUUUAAUAAGUCUAUACUCUGCUACCAUUGGUUUCUUCUUAGAGGAGUUAGGCCAACCGAGGCGGUGUUAUCCUAACUUUUCAUUCCGUCUUAACACAUUUUGACACCUGAUAAUAAAAAUAGAAAAUAUAAAACCACCCUCUACAGUUAUUCAAUUUAACAUAUAAGGCAAAUACAAAACAAAAGAGUAGAAAACUAUUUUUUUAGAGCAAACUGAAAUUAACUUUCCAAAAAAAAAAAUGUAAUUUCUUUUACGACUUCAUAAUUAAAGUGGUGUCAUAUUGUCAUUGUACUUUCUAAUAACCAAAUAAACCGAAAUUGUAUUGAAUUUAGAGAAAUCUACCCAAGGUAUGUUAUUUUUGUGGAAGUUUAAUACAAUUUGGGUCUUUUCCUUACUUAAUCCUAUAUGUGUUAGAUUCUAUCUUUAACCACCAUUUUCAAUACAAUACCAAAACCAGAUAUUGGAAUCAAUAUUCAUAUUUAAUUUAUACUAAAAAUAAUAUUCCAUAUAAAAUAAAUUAUAACCAAUAAAUAAAUCUAUACCCAAGAACAUAUUAUACCCUCUACAUUACAAAUCAAUAUUUUAACAGUAAAAAAUAAACAAGU